GAGAGCACUCGCACGGAACUAUCGCGCAGGCCCCACGGCCUUAUCACCGGCCGCGCUGCUCGAGUGCUCUCUCCAAGCUCCGCCCAUGUCCGCCCCCGGCCUCGCCCCGACCCCCAUCCCGCUGACCACCAUAGCCGAGCUGCGGCAGCACCACUCGCAGCUCGUCCGCCUCGGCCUCGCCUCCCACCCUUCCCACGCGCGGCGCCUCCUCGCCUUCCUCGCCCGCGACCCCUCCGCGGCCCACUUUCCCUACGCCGCGCGCCUCCUCGCGCACCACCCGGACCCGCACCCGGCGCUCUUCAACCCGCUCUUCGCCUCCCUCCCGCCGCGCGACGCCGCGUGGCUCUUCGCCCUCAUGCUUUCCCUGCCCGUCCUCCCCGACCACUUCACCUUCCCGCGCAUCCUCCCCGCCGCGGCCCCGCUUCCCCUGGUCGCACAGCUCCACGCGCUGCUCCUCAAGCUCGGAUUCCACUCCCACGCGCAGUCCCUCAACGCGCUCCUCGCCGCAUACCUCGCCAACGCGCGCCCCGACCUCGCCUCCAGCGUCUUCCGCAGCGGCGGCUGCGGCUCCGCCCAGACCGUCCUCGACGUCGUGUCGUGGACCACGAUGGUCGGCGGGCUCUGCAAGCUGGGGAUGGUCGAAGAUGCGCGGGAGGUGUUCGACGGGAUGCCCGAGAGGAACCUCAUCUCCUGGAACGCGAUGAUCUCCGGGUACGUGAAGGCCGGGCGGUUCCUGGACGCGCUGGAGGUGUUCGAUGAAAUGCGGGCGCGGGGCGUGGAGGGGAACGGGUUCGUCGCGGCGAGCGCGGUGGUGGCGUGCACAGGCGCCGGCGCGCUGGCGCGCGGGAGGGAGGUGCACCGGUGGGUGGAGCGGAGCGGGAUUGAGAUGGACGAGAAGCUGGCUACGGCAGUAGUCGACAUGUACUGCAAGUGCGGGUGCGUCGACGAGGCAUGGCACGUGUUCGAAGCCCUGCCGGUGAAGGGGCUCACGUCGUGGAACUGCAUGAUCGGUGGGUUCGCGGUGCACGGGCGGUGCGAGCACGCCAUCAAGCUGUUUAGCCGGAUGGAGAGGGAGGGCGUGGUGGCGGACGACGUCACGCUGGUGAACGUGCUCACGGCCUGCGCGCACGCGGGUAUGGUCAGCGAAGGUCGUCACUACUACGACUACAUCGUUCAGAGAUACGGCAUCAAGCCCAAGAUGGAGCACUACGGCUGCAUGGUCGACUUGUAUGGAAGAGCAGGGCUGCUGGACGAAGCCAAGAAGGUGAUCGACGACAUGCCACUGGAGCCGGACGUUGGCGUCCUCGGCGCACUAUUUGGAGCGUGCAAGAUUCACGGCGACAUCGAUCUGGGUGAGGCUACCGGGUGGCGCGUCAUCGAGCUGGAUCCCCAGAACAGCGGGCGCUACGUGCUGCUGGCCAACCUCCUCGCCAGCGCCGGCCGGUGGGAGGACGUUGCCAGGGUCCGACGGCUGAUGGACGAACGGAACGUGAGCAAGGAGGCCGGCCGUUCCGUGAUUGAGGUCGACGGCGAGGUCUGUGAGUUCCGGUGCGGGAGUCUGUGCCACCCUCGGGCGGAGGAGGUGUACGCCAUGGCCAAGGACAUGAUGAGGAGGAUCGGGGUAGAGGGCUACGUGCCCGACACGAGGGACGUGCUGCACGACAUCGCAGAGGAGGAGAGGGAGACGCCGCUGCUCUACCACAGCGAGAAGCUGGCCAUCGCCUUCGGGCUGCUGUGCACGAGGCCCGGCGACACGAUGCGCAUCACCAAAAACCUGCGGGUCUGUAGAGACUGCCAUGAGGCGACCAAGUUGGUGUCUCGCGUUUUUGAGCGCGAGAUCGUGGUCAGGGACAGGAACCGGUUCCACCAUUUCAAGGAUGGGAGGUGCUCGUGCAAAGAUUAUUGGUAAAUAUCAACCAAAAGAAAGCACAUGUUAUACUCAAGAUCUAAACGAUCUUUUUGAGUUUUUUCAAGGGUGAGUUUCCUUUAAUUGAUCUAGCUAGUUAGCAUU